CUUGGCUUCCUCCGGUUCAGGAUGACUUCCUGUGUCUUGUCCCUGCUCUUCUUCUCAUUGCUGGUGUUCAUCAUGGCUGCUGCUGAGCCUGCUGGCUGUAAAAUCCGGAUCACAGACAAAGGGCUGGAGAUGUUGAGGUUGGAGACUCAGAAGUUUGUUGAAGAAGAGCUCAGUAACAUCAAUAUUCCAGAGAUGAAGGGCACAGAAGGACGUUUCCAGUACACCAUCACUGAUGUGAAGAUAAAAGAGCUGAAUCUAACUCACGCUGACCUGCAGUUCAUCCCUGAUGUUGGCUUAUUGUUCGAUGUUCAGAACUCUUCUAUCUCCCUGAGUUUCUACCGACAGAUCCUCUACUGGUUCUUUUAUGACACAGGAAACAUCAACGCUUCAGCUGAAGGAGUAAACAUCAACACGGCCGUACAUCUGAUCAGAGACUUUGAAGGACGACUGAAAAUCAAUAACAUCACCUGUGAUGCCAAAAUCAAAAAAAUGAGGGCGGAGUUCAGUGGAACGCUUGGGAGAGUCUAUGAUGUCCUGGGCAAAUUCCUGACAACGGGUCUGCGCCUCUAUCUCAACAAGCAGAUCUGCCCAGCCCUGAAUCACGCUGCUCUGGUUCAUGUUAACUCCAUGUUGGAAACCAUUCCUGUGAGGACUGAGGUGGAUUCCUAUAUUGGGAUUGAUUAUUCCCUGAUUGACGAUCCAGUGGUGACAUCUCAGAGCCUCGACAUGCACUUUCGGGGGAUGUUCUUUGACCUGUCUCAUCACAACCUCACCCUGGUAAACUAUGCUGUGGAGCCAGUCAUCAGGGAGUUUGACCGGAUGGUGUAUCUGGCUUUGUCUGAGUUUUUCUUUGACAGCGGCCUGUUUGCUUAUUAUACAGCUGGGAUUUUCCAAAUGCACAUUGUUAAUGAGAAGAUGCCCAAAGAUCUGGAAAUGUUGCUGAGAACCACCUACUUAGGAACCAUUAUGAUGUUGAACCCAGCUCUGGUGAACGCUCCACUGUCCCUGCAGCUCGCUGUCAACUCGCCUCCUAAAACUUCCAUCAAAACAUCUGGAGCAACCGUUGUCAUGACAGCCAUUGUCAAGGUUAUGGUCCUCCCUCCAGGUCAGCCUCUGGUCCAGCUCAGCAGCAUGACCAUGGAAACAAAAUUUAAUGCCAAAGUUUCCAUGAGAGGAAAACGUCUGGCUGUCCAUGCUGACCUCCGCAGGUUUAAAAUCUUCUCCAACCAGUCGGCUCUGGAGUCUCUGGCACUGAUUCCUCUGCAGGCGCCUCUGAAAACGAUGCUGCAGAUGUCUGUGGUUCCUCUAAUCAAUAACUGGACCAAGAGGGGAGUCCGGAUCCCUCUGGCUGAAGGGAUGGACUUUAUAGAGGAGGUAGUAGAAUAUCACAACGGUUUCAUUGUGAUUGGAGCAAAUCUUCAUUUCAGCAAAGGACUGACAGAGAUGAUGGUGGGGAGCGAGACACAAAACCAGCAACAAUAGUUCCACUGAGUGUUAACACAAAGAAGCUACAUCCAUCAGCCAUAACAUUAUGACCACCCUGACAAUAUCUAUCUAGUUUCUCUCACCACACAAACUGAACAGAGUAUUCAGAACCAGGUCAAAGAACAUAAUGAGGGAACAGCUCUGGGGUCAGAUUUAUAAAGCUUGCGUACGCACAAAACCAGCCCACAAACUUGCAUACGCCACUUUUCCUGUCAAGGCUGUGAUUUAUAAAACUCAAACUUGAUGUGAAAAUGUGUGGACCCUCACAGGUCUGACCCUCACAGAUCUGACCC